AAUACGGUGAUCAGGCACAAUUUUUGGUUUAGUUUUUUAAAUUUAUUAUUCAACGAAAAAAAAUAACAUUAUGCCAGAAGAUUUUGUAGUUCCCGCAGGGAACUACGAGGUUCGUAAACGAUUUCGACAUUUGGAAAAUAAGCGAAAAAAGUAUGAAAUGCCCUGGUCUAAGGGUGUACUCGACUUAGAGCACCAUAGACUUUUCGGACGGACCGCAUUGGGAUGGACAAGAAUCAUUUACUUCUAUCUAUUGCUCUACUUUUUUAUUUUGUUGAUCUUGGCUGUACUGAUUUUAAUUUUCUUCUAUGGCUCUUAUAAGGAUUCACGUUCGCCUCAAAUUAAAAAGAGUGCUCCAGGUAUAUCCAGAUUUCCUAAGCCCGGUACCAUUAAGUUCAACCCAAACAUUCUAAAAGACAUAUAUAAAUAUGCAGACCAGAUAGAUAAUGGUCUAUCCAACUUCGACGCACUCGGUCUUCAAAAAUUUGCCAAGUGUAAUCAGGACAAAUUAUGGGGAUAUCAGGAAAAGUCUCCCUGCGUAAUUAUCAAGAUUAAUAAAGUGCAUGGAUUCACUGCACAAACUUAUGACGAUGUCGAAAGCCUGCCGAAAAAGAAACCAGCAGCAUUGGAAGAGACAGUUAAAAAAUACCCUGGUGGUAAUAAGAUCUGGUUGACAUGCGAGGCAACCAAGAAAAUGGAAUUCAAUUUUAUUCCACAUCCAUAUUUUGAUACAACCAAUGAUUUAACGUACCUCGAUCGCGUUGUUGCUGUACAAUUGAAGAAUAUACCACCCAAUGAAGAGGCUCGUGUUACGUGUAAAGUUUGGGCUAAAAAUAUUGAUAUUACUGAAAAAUACUCUGGCCAUGGUCAUGUCAAGUUUUAUCUGCAAAUGCAUGUCAAGUGAUCAAAAGUGAUUUAUUACGAAUUUUACAAGCAUCAGACCUUUGUGUGUCAAUG